AUGGGUUCCGGUAUCGCACAGGCGCAGGCAGCAAUGGUUGAAAGUGUAAUGGCGAACAUCACGAUGUUCAGCAAUGUUGAAAAAGCGGUUGAAAAAGCAGAUUUGGUGAUCGAAGCAAUCGUCGAAAAUCUCCCCACCAAACAGAAGCUAUUUGCUCAAGUAGAAGCCGCUCUCAAAAGGCCGACGCUGCUUGCGAGUAAUACAUCAUCACUGAGACUGGCGGAUAUCGCGAGGGAUUUAAAAGAUAAGUCAAGAUUUGGUGGUUUGCACUUUUUCAACCCGGUACCAAUGAUGAAAUUAUGCGAGGUAAUACGAUUUGCGGAAACAUCGGAUGCCACAUUUGAUGCAUUACAAGCCUUUGCAAGGGCUUUAGGCAAAACAACCGUCGCAUUGCCAGAAAUUCAGGACACGCCUGGAUUCAUAGUCAAUCGCUUACUUAUUCCAUACUUGACGGAAGCAAUUCGAAUGUUUGAGCGCGGAGAUGCAUCGCCGGAAGACAUCGACACAGCGAUGAAACUCGGUGCUGGUUAUCCGAUGGGGCCCUUUGAAUUACUCGAUUAUGUCGGUCUCGAUACUACAAAAUUUAUUCAAGAUGGUUGGCACGAGCGCUACCCCGACGAGGAGCAGUUUAAGCCGAAUCCGAUGCUGAACAAAUUAGUAAGUGAAGGCAAAUUGGGAAAGAAAAGUGGAGAAGGAUUUUAUACAUAUAAAUAA